UAGUUUUGUAAAAAAAAAGACCCCCUGUAGAAUUUUCGCUUGCCACGUCGCAGCUGCACAGCUUGUAGUCUGGGACGUUUUCAGAACCUGGCUGUGCAUGAAACAUCAGCUAAACUGUUCUACAGUGUUAAACUGUUCUUUAUAUUAAGAUGAUUCUAGAGUUGUGGACAUGCGUUUUUUCUGCAUUGUACUUUUACGUGCAGGGUGCAAAACUUCCGGAACCUGAGGUCGAAAUAGAAGUUUUAUACAAACCCUUCCUUUGUCAUCGUAAAUCCAAAUACGGAGAUAUUCUUCUGGUUCAUUACGAAGGUUUUCUGGAGAGUAAUGGCACAAUGUUUCAUUCCAGCCGCCGUCAUGGAGACAAAAACCCUGUUUGGUUCACGUUGGGAAUCCGUGAGGCGAUCAAGGGCUGGGACAAGGGUCUUCAAGGCAUGUGUGCAGGGGAGAAGAGGAAACUGACCAUCCCUCCAGCUCUUGCAUAUGGCAAAGAGGGCAAAGGUAAAAUCCCACCGGAGAGCACACUGAUCUUUGACAUUGAGAUCAUCGAGAUCCGAAAUGGGCCUAGAUCACAUGAGUCCUUUCAGGAAAUGGACAUCAAUGACGACUGGAAACUUUCCAAAGCAGAGGUCAAAGAAUACCUGCGUAAAGAGUUUGAGAGACAUGGAUAUGCCGCCAAUGACACCCAUCAUGAAGUGAUGGUUGAGGACAUCUUCCAAAAAGAAGAUGAAGACAAUGAUGGAUUUAUAUCAGCUCGGGAGUUCACCUACAAACAUGAUGAGCUAUAAAAAACAUCACACUCCUGCAGAACAGCGUCAGUGUUGUUUACCUUCAGAGAUUCCAGUAUUUUUCCAUUUACAGCUUGUCAGUGUCAUUUCAUGUCAUGUUACAGUAGAUCUAAACAGGUAUUCUGUUAUCUACAGGUCAUGUCUGUAAUUUAUUAUUUUAGGUUUUUUUAAAUACACUCAGGUGGUGGUAUGUUUGAGCCGUUUAUAGAAUUUGAAGAUCAUCUUCAAUUGCAAAGGGUAACAUUCUCCUCAAAGAGAAUCCCCGAAGUGUCUGUUAACUGAAAUAUUGAAACUUUUAGAACAUUUCAGUGCUGAUUUUGUUAUAGUAUGUUUGUGUCACUUUUUCAGAUGAAUUAUGCAGUGAUGUUUGUGAUAUUUAUAACAUAUUUAGGUCAAUUUGUCUGGAGUAGCCUGUAUGUAUUUACUUGAAUAAAGUUGAUCAGUUCUGUGCUGCUUGUCA